CGACAAUGUGGUGACUUCAGUCAACACCUUGAAAUGCAUACAGAAGAUAGUGAAAGCGUCUUUGUCCAGAAACUUACCCCUUUAGCUGCGUCUGAUUACAAAGUAAUGCAACAUCAAAUUCAUUGUGAUGAAAAAUCAUACAGCUGUGCCCAGUGUGGAAAGACUUUUGCUCGUGCAUACAAUUUAAAACUUCACAAGAGGAGUCAUUCAGGUGAAAAACCAUAUAAGUGUUCCCAGUGUGGAAAGUGUUUUGGUCUGAUGUCUAGUUGUAAACGACAUCAGAUAAUUCAUUCAGGUAAAAAACCAUAUGAGUGUACCCAGUGUGGGAAGUGUUUUAUCCAGAAGACCAAUUUCAUGCACCACCAGAGAAGUCAUUCUGGUGAAAAACCGUAUGAGUGUUUGCAGUGUGGUAAAUGCUUUAGUUUGAAGUCUAGUUUAAAUUGCCACCAGAGAAGUCAUUCUGGUGAAAAACCGUAUAUGUGUGUUCAGUGUGGGAAGUGUUUCAAUCGUGUAUUUACUUUAAACCAACACCAGAGAAUUCACUCAGGAGAAAAAUCAUAUGAGUGUACCCAGUGUGGUAAGUCUUUCCAUCAGACAUCCACAUUGAAUCAACAUCAGCGAAUCCACUCAGGUGAAAAGCCAUAUGAGUGUGUACAGUGUGGGAAGUGUUUUUGUCACUAUUCCUCUUUAAAAAUACACCAAAUAAUUCAUUCAGGUAAAAGACCAUACAAAUGCAACCAGUGUGGAAAGUGCUUUAAUCGUGCAUCAUCUUUGAGUCAGCACCAGAUAGUUCAUUCAGGUGAGAAACCAUAUGAGUGCGUGCAGUGUGGGAAGUCUUUUAGUCGUGCAACUUCUUUAAAUCGACACAAUAUUCAUGUUCAUUCAGGUUAA